AUGCCUCAGGUGAAGAUGCUGCGCGGGCAGGAGGACGACACCGUGUCAACCACGCAUGAUUUCAAAAUCACAUGCUUCUAUGCCGAUGGCAAACGAGAUCGGGUCAAAAAGCAGUUUGGUACCCUGACGGAAAAGGUGGCAGACUACGAGAAGUUGUUGAAAGAACUGAUACCCAAGGUAGACGAAGCCGACGCACAUAUAAUCCGAGCGGCGCUGGACAAGGAGACAAGUUAUGACGCCGACGACACUGCUACAGAAGGCGCCACGGAGACAGCAUCAGUCCCGACUCUCGAUGUUGAUGGUGAAGAGGAAGAGUCUGGUGCUGAAUCAGAAGCUUCAGCCGGAGCUGGUUCGACAGGUGCUCUUGAUAGAACCGAUGAGGACUUCACGCGCGAGCAGGCGAGGCACACUGGCUUCAUGGGAAAGAACUCGGAGAUCACCUGGCUUCAACGCCUGAGGGAACAGAACAAGUACGGCGAUGUGCAGCAGGACCAACAAGGUAAUGCGAAGCAGAAGAGACUCGUCGGCAUGUCGGCAGCCUCGCUGACCUCCAAACGUCCAGUCGGUGAUACGCAAAUUCCACUUUCCGAGGCAGACGCAGGCUUUACCAUCCAGGACUCCAGCUAUCAUAUGGACGACAUGUCAAUAUUCACCUACGACGCAGUCGACACCUACGAAUUGCCCACUCCCGAAGUCGCUGAUCACCUUUUCAACGCCUAUAUGCAAAGAGUCCACUCCUCGUUCCCGUUUGUCGGGCGGCUGAAUCUCACCAGUCAGUUCCGAAGAGUCAUCAGUGGCACCGUACAAAGACCACCUGAAAAGUGGCUCGCCAUCAUCAACCUGAUCUUCGCCAUCGGCGCAAAGUAUUCGCACCUGAUCAAUGCCGACUGGAAAGGCGAUGAGCGAGAUCAUCUCAUCUACUUCACCAGAGCACGACUCCUGACCAUCAACUCUGAGACGAUUUUCCAGCAUCCGGAUUUGCAGAUGAUUCAGGUGCUCAGCUUGAUGUCUUUGUACCUACUGUGCAAUAGCCAGAUCAAUCGGGCAUGGAUGUUGAGCGGGUACGCCAUCAGAGAGGCCGGGGCACUGGGUAUGAAUAUGCGCAACGAUAGCAACGAAUUGAAAGACUCGCUCAAGGAGAUCCGUUAUCGACUAUGGUGGGCUCUUUACGCUCUGGAGCAUCGCCUCUGCAACAUGACCGGCAGAGUGAACUGCGUUAUGGACGACCAUUGCACAACUCCUCUUCCCGUACCUCUGGAGGAAGAACAAUUUGAGACGGAAGAAGGCCAAAAAUUGCUAAGCAAGGUCAGACAGCAAGGAGAUCGCGCGCCAUCGUCCAAUUCCCAUACGCCGAGCGUCAUGUCAACGCCUUCAACCGACCGCUCCAGAUCGCAGACCAAGGUUGACUCCCGUUCACCUUCGAUGCCGGGUAUCCAUGCCGGCGACUUGGAGUGGGCGAAAGACGUGCAGCCAAACGGCUCCCUUUACUUCCUCCACUUGGUGCAGCUGAUUCGAGUGACCCAGGCCAUCUUCCACAGCCUAUACAAUCCAGCUUCAAUAAAGGGAACCUGGUCAGAAAUUCAGGCCAAGGUUAAGGACCUGGACGAACGACUUGAGCAUUGGUAUCGGAAGCUGCCGCCAGCAUUCGCAUUCCGUCGGAAGCAGCGAGAACGUGGGUCUUAUGAGUACCGCUUGUACUUGGGCUUCUUCUACUACAGCACCAAAAUGACAGUCCACCGACCUUGCCUCUGUAGACUGGAUCGCAAGAUUCCCGGACAGUCAAACAAGUCACUCGAGUUCAACCGCAACUCUGCGGCGGCAUGUGUCGAGGCUGCAAUGGAGAUGUUACAGCUUAUCCCCGACGAGCCGAAUGCUGUUGGUCUAAUUCGUGUUGGGCCUUGGUGGAAUAUCUUGCACUGGCUGGUUCAGGCCACGUCUGUACUGAUGCUUGAAAUUUCUUUCCGAGCGAACCACAUGCCGGAAGAAGCAGAGGCUAUCCUGGAGUCGUGCAAGAAAGGGAUCCGCUGGCUACAUGCCUUGGCAGAGGACAAUCCCUCGGCUAGGCGUGCUUGGGCAAUGUGCAAUACACUGUUCAAGGAGGCGGCGAAGAAGAUUGGGCGCGACGUGGACGGUCUACCGCAAAAUCCUCCGGGCAAGCCUGCCCCUCCGACACAGGACGCUUCCAUGUCAGACUUCCCCGGAGUCACCGGCCCUUUGCCUGGAAAUCUCUAUGCGACUGCACCGGUGUCAGCGCCCAUGUACACUACAAUGCCUGAUGUGACGAGCUCGCAGGCCUUCGCCGCAUUCGAUCCGACGAUGCAAUACGACCAGUAUUUCCCGCCAGAUAUGAUGAUGAGCGACCCUUCUAUGCAGUUCCAGCAGGCUACGGAUGCGGAGAUUGAGUUUAUGAGUAACGCAUACCACGAUGACCAGGGUCAGGGUCAGCAGUCAGAGAGGGGUGAGUCGAGCCGUGGAUCAGGGAUGAAUUAG